CUUUGACGAACAAAAACUUUUUUAUAAAGUCGACACGCGCAUUCACGAGCAUAAGAAAAGCUGAAAAUGCAGUUAAUAAUUUCAUUAAUUCUGUUCUCCAAACUCGUUUGUUUUUGCAAUGGUGUAUCCAUAAGAACAGAUCCUGAAAGAAUAUUAAUGGACACUGAUAUAGAAAGAGAACUUUCGAACGUAGACCACGUCAGAAGAAAAAGAUACCUGGGUUUGAGUAAGAAAUUUAAGUUGAACAAACGGUAUCAAGAAUGCAUCGGUCCCGGCGAUGCCAAGGGACACUGCAAGCAUUUAUCGUUUUGCCCGAUGGACGUUUUGUCCGGGAGAAGAAAUACGUUAGAGUAUCUUUGCAUCAUAGAAAAAACAUUUGUCGGAGUCUGUUGUCCGGACGAUAUAGCGUUAAGUGGUGUAAUCGGAUCCCAACUUAUAAUGGAUUUACCUGCAGGAGGUGAAGACUACGACGCCACAGACGAUAAUACGGGAUGCGGUCUCGGAGAAAAUGGAGUUACGAAAGCGAAAAGAAUUCAAGAAUGGCCUUGGUUGGCGGCUUUGUAUCGAAUGAAAGAGAUGCAGCAAGGACUGGAACAGCAAUUUUGUGGUGGAGCCUUGAUAACCGACACUCAUAUUUUAACUGCUGCGCAUUGCGCCCAGGGGAUUUCGGCGUCUGAAAUGCGCGUAAGGUUGGGAGAAUAUGAUUUUUCCAAGCCGAACGAAACCCGAUCUAAAGAUUAUAGCGUCGCCGAAAUUAUACAACACGAAGACUUUGUUUUGUCCACUUACGAUAACGAUAUUGCCAUCAUUAGGCUAGCACAACCGACCUCCUUUAAUACGUACGUUUGGCCGAUUUGUCUUCCACCUUCAGGAGAGACGUUUGAAAACGAAACUGUUGUGGUGGCUGGCUGGGGUCAACAAUAUUUUGCCGGCCCGACCAGCGAAGUCCUGAUGCAAGUGGUAAUUCCCGUGUGGGAGCAGCAAAAUUGCGUUGACAGCUUUUUGCAGAGAAUUACGGAUAAUACUUUAUGCGCUGCGGGAUAUGAUGGCGGAAAGGAUUCCUGUCAGGGCGAUUCUGGAGGUCCGCUGAUGUAUCAGCUUAAAAAUGGAAGAUGGGUGACCGUCGGUAUUGUAUCGUGGGGGAUUGAAUGCGGAAAUAAAGGUAGUCCGGGGAUUUAUACGAGGGUCAAUAAAUAUUUACCGUGGAUAGUAAGGAAUACCAUUGCCAAACAGUGA